AUGUACGGCGUGAAAGUUAAUCAGACAAGGGCUAAAUACAGACUAGUACAACUCACAUUUUCGUUACCAACUGAUUGGCACCAGGUACUGUCCGAGUUCGUCCAAAACGUCACCUGUGCAGCAAAUCCACUGACAUUGGACCCUGGCGCGAGUUUCUCGUGCUCGGGCCAGUAUGUGCUGACUCAGAGAGACGUCGACCAAGGCGUAGUCACCAACGAGGUGAUCGUCAAGGCGCAGGAUCCAUCCAAGACGGAGAUAUCGACGUCUGAUCUCGACUCUGUUAGCCUUGCUCGUAGCCUGAACCUUGUUCUGCAGAAGACCUCGUCGUACGUGGAAGGCGCCGCUGCGAGCGACACCAUAGAGUAUUUAUUCGAGGUGUCCAACCGUGGAACGACCACCUUGGUCAACGUAAGCGUCACAGAUGCCGCCCUAGCGGGGGAAAUCUUGUGCCCUACCGAUACUCUACCCCCUGGAGGAUCGAUGACGUGCAACUCCUCGGAGGCUUCGCCGGUCACCACCAAAGAUCUCCACAUGGGCAGCGUUGUCAACACGGCCUCCGUGACCGGAAGGGGGCCUCGGAAAGACGACCCUACCAUUACUGACAGGUCAACCGUGACGACGUUCACUCCUAGCGGCGGUGACAACCCUGUGGCGUUGAGCUACACCUCUGUUAGCGUUGUGUCUGCAGAAAUAUCCAGGCGUCGACUUCAACAAGGCGAACAGCCUUGCGGAAUAGAAGCAAUAAUCGCCGCGUGUAACGAGGCGUUCGGGGUAUCCACAUGCGAGUGCAUCAACCACAGCGAUGGGGGCUGCCCGGUUCCCCUGCCUGACACAGCUGCUACCAACACUACCAUUGACGAACAAGCGAUAGAAGGUUCGGAUCAAGCUGGACAAGAACAAGAAGGUGCUAGGACAGAAGAUACAGAGGGCAUGCAUGGAGAGACAUCAAAUGUGGGAAACGUGUCUUUAGGCACUCCACCACCAGAGUUAAUUGCUGCCGAGGUGGGCGCGGACGGCAGACUUCUGCAGACGACAGGACAAGCCAUUACGACGGAUAUGGAGAUCAAGUUCGUCACAGAUGUCGAGAGCACGGGCGCCAUGAAAGCGGCAGCCGCGCUGGACUCCUUCUCCAACGUCACGCACGGGUUUGCGGCACUCUUGAUCGGCGAAUGCUUCGAGGACGUCAUCAUCUCCACCGUAAAUAUAUCGCAGAGGUCCAAUCCGUUCGACCGCCGUGUACCGCGCACAGACCCUUCUUCCACCUCCUACAAGGACCACAUCGAAGAUCCCCUCGAGAUCGUGCCUUCCGCCUUAGACCUGACAAUGAGAAGAAGCGACCCUUACAUGUGGAUCGUGAUCUUCGUACUUAUUACCGUUCUCGCAACCUCGGUGUGCGCCAUCAUCGGUGUCAAGUGCAUUGACGGUGGUUACUUCGCAGCAGGGGCACACGCCGACGACGACCUGAAAGACGGCCAAGACGGCCGGGCGGUUGGUGUCGAUGGGUCGGUGCCCGACGCCCCAGGUUCAUCCCCGGCGUACAGUAAAAACAAUGGCAAGAGUUCCCGCCGCGAGAGUGGCCGCCGCACGUCGGCCAAGAAAAAACGAGAGGCACGAAACGCGCGCAAUGUUCCAGGCCUUGGUGCUAGCGGUAAAUCAAUGGAGGACAUUGAAGUGCUGUCUUCUGCUUCCGAGCUCUCGAGCACGGGAGGCGCGUUGGACAAGGAGUUGCAUGCGGAGAACCCGUUAUUUGCCAGCCCGAUGGCGUCAAAGAGUCGGCACGUGCCUCGUCUCUCCGGGUUGGACUUUGGAGAGACAGUCGAUGAAGACAUUGGGGGCGACUCGGAUGUGGCGUCUGAAUUCUGGCGGCGGAGCAACCGAGGAGGGGACGAUGGUCACUAA